AUGGAAGCUAUACAUUUGAUGUACAUUUGGAAUGUUGACGAAGAAAUUUGUACCAACUCCUCCUUAGGUCCAGAGACUGCUGAGGUCUUCCUGGGGCAUUGGGUAAUUUUCUGCAGUGUUGAAAAGGAUGUGGUCGAUGGCUUUCCAAAUGAACUGCCAGAAGAAUAUAAAAAUAUGUCAUUACUAAAGGGGAGAGCUACUAUGGAUAUGAGGGUCAAGGUCAAGGACAACCCUAACCCGGAUGAAUGCGUAUUUCGCUUAGUGUUGGAUGGCUAUGAUCCAAAGUGGUACAUGCUUGAAGAGAUAAUAUGUCAAACACCAUUCCUAAACAGAAUUUGCUUAUAG